AUGCCCGCUACCAAGGAGAUGAACUUGCGCGGGCUUCUCACUGGCUGGUGCCUGCUAACGGCGCUCACCGAGUCCUACCAGGUGCACAAGAACAAUGGCGUGGAGGACGGCUCGAAAUUAAUUCGCAUCGUCGGCGACGUCAUUUUCGGCGGCAUAUUUCCCAUGCACGAGCAGGUGUCCGGGCCGAUUGGUCAGCCGCCUUGCGGCGCCGUCAAGGAGGAGAAAGGCGUCCAGCGGCUAGAGGCGAUGCUCUACGCCCUCGACCAGAUAAACGUGGACGCGCAGCUGCUGCCCAACACUACCCUUGGCGCUCUAAUACUCGACUCCUGCAGUAGCGAUACCUACGCCCUCGAUCAGAGCAUGGAGUUCGUCAGGUCUUACAUGAAUCAGGACAUAACGGAAUACAAAUGCGAGAACGGCAAGUCGCCGAUCUACGAUCCACACAAGCCGGUGACAGGUGUCAUUGGCGCAUCCUUCAGUGGCGUAUCCAUUAUGGUGGCCAACAUCCUGCGGCUUUUCAAGAUACCGCAGAUAAGUUACGCGUCGACGAGCACCGAACUGUCGGACAAGAGCCGCUUCGAGUACUUCAGCCGGGUCGUGCCACCCGACAAUUUCCAAGCCCAGGCCAUGGUCGAAGUGAUCCAUCGGCUCGGCUGGAAGUACGUCUCGACGGUCGCGGUCGAGGGCGACUACGGCGAGAAGGGUAUUGCCAGCUUCGUCUCGCUAUCGGCCGAGUACAACAUUUGCGUGGCCGUGAGCGAGAAGAUCAUGCGGAACGCCAAGCCCGAGGACUUCGAGAGGAUCGUCGAGCACCUCGACUCCAAGCGGAACGCGCGCGGCGUCGUCCUGUUCGUCGACGAGGACAAUAUCAGGAAACUGCUGCAGGCAACGAUUAAGGCCAACAAGACGGGACACUUCACGUGGGUCGGCAGCGACUCCUGGGGCGCGAAGGUCCACCCCGUGCGCGAGCAGGAGUACGCGGCCGAGGGCGCCAUCACGAUACUGCCUUUCCGCAACUCCCUCGAAGGCUUCGACAACUAUUACAAGAGUCUCGUGCCACGCCUCGGCCGCGAGUGCGAGGGAGUACACGAGCGCAACGUCCCUCACAGCACGAUACCCGGCAAGUACGUCAAUUGCCGGAACGUCUGGUUCCGGGAGUUCUGGUCCCAGCACCACAAGUGCACCUUCAGCUCGACGGAGACGAGCGCGCGGCACUGCACCGGAGCCGAGGAGCUCGUCGAUUACAAGCAGGAGGGCCUCGUCCCCUUUGUUGCGGACGCCGUUUACGCGAUGGCGCACGGGGUGCACAACGUCAUCGAUGACAUCUGCCAGACGGAGCUCCUCGAUGGCCACCACCUCUGCGAGAAGCUCAAGCCCGCGCCCCAAGGCCAGCAGCUCCUGCAGUACAUAAGGAACGUCACCUUCGUUGGCCGGCAAGGAACGGAAAUUAAAUUCAACGCCGACGGCGACGCUUACGGCUAUUACAACAUUUAUCAGUACCAACGAGGCGAAGAUGGCCGCUACAAUUACACGCUCAUUGGUUCCUGGAGGGAGAGGUUGGACCUCGUGAUAAACAUGACGCAGUGGGUGACGGGUACGGGGGAGCAGCACGUGCCCAGGAGCAUAUGUAGCGACGACUGUCCCCUCGGCCAGAUACGCAAUUUCCAGGAGCCGUGCUGUUGGAGCUGCGUUGCCUGUCGCGAGGACGCCUACGUGUUCAACGACUCCUGCCACAGAUGCCAGCCGGGUUUCGCCCCGGACGUCACCAAGAGCCGCUGCAUCAAGCUCUCGGCUGAGGUCAUCUCCUGGACGAAUCCCUGGGCGAUCGUGCCGCUGGGCUUCGCGGCUAUCGGCAUCCUCGGCACCAUCUUUACCACCGCCAUCUUCGUCAUAUUCAACCGCACCCCGGUGAUAAUGGCCUCGGGACGCGAGCUGUGCUACGUCCUCCUCGUCGGCAUCCUCUCGUGUUACCUCAUGAGCUUCGUGAUACUGAGCCGACCGACCAAGUGGAACUGCACCUGCCUGAGGAUCGGCCUCGGACUCUGUCUGAGCCUCUGCUACAGCGCCAUACUAACCAAGACCAACCGCAUAUCAAGGAUAUUCAAUCAGGGCAGGAAGAGCAUCAAGCGGCCCUCUUACACAUCGCCCAAGAGCCAAGUUGCCAUCUCUGUCGGCAUCACCUCGGUCCAGCUCGUCGGCGCCAUUAUCUGGUUGAUAAUCGAGCCGCCGGCCAUCAGCGAGAUCUACCCCUACCCACUUACGGCGGUCCUCACCUGCCGCGUCUCGACUUUCGCCCUCAUGAUGUCCCUCGUCUACAACAUGCUGCUCAUCCUCAUGUGUACCCUCUACGCCUUCAAGACGCGCAAGAUACCGGAGAAUUUCAACGAGGCCAAGUACAUCGGCUUCACCAUGUACUCCACCUGUAUCGUCUGGCUCGCCUUCAUACCCAUUUACUUCGGCACCAACAACGAUUAUAAGAUCCAGAUAGCGAGCAUGUGUAUGUGCAUCAACAUCUCGGCGACGGUCGCCCUGGGCUGCCUUUUCACACCCAAGGUCUACAUCGUGCUCUUCCAACCUUAUAAGAACAUCCGACCUGGCACCAACGUAAGUCAAAACCCAUACAUGCACGAUGAGAGGCUCGAAUAUCGUAAAUCGAACGAAUCACUGCUGUCUGACUGCGCUCAAAAAUAA